AUGUGUAAUAAGUCAAAAUCCGUGAAAGUUUUUCCGGCUCCAACCGCUAAGGUUAAAAAAGCCAAAAACCCUGCCGCUUAUUAUCAGUGCCUCCUGACGGAAAGUCAGGCAGGAUUAGCAGGUCGUCCGAUAACCGAACUUUGUCGUAAGUGUAAGUCAAAUAGCGUGAAUUUAGCCCAUAACCGCAACCAACAAAUAACUAAUUUGCUGAAUGCUUAUCGACAAAUUGGCGAGGCUUUGAGGGCUUUGCAAGAAAGUUUGCGGGAUUAUGUAAAAGUGCCGUUGGAAACCAAGGCACGAGAAUUACAGGAGCAAUUAACGAAAAAAGCUGAGGAAUUGGGAGCAGAUAAUC